UUGCAUUGAUGUUUACAUUCAAAUACCAAUGUGCUUAACUAAGUAUUGAAAAUAAUUUUUGAACGUUUAUAAUUAUGCCGUUGUAAACAUUAAAUCUGCUGUUAUCUUUCAGUCGUUUAUUGUGUUAAUAAUAUGAACGGAUAUAAACACUCACGAGCGGUUGACAGUAUACAUGGGUCAGAGCACCACCCUUCAUGCAUCUCAGCAGACUGACGACCUUAGUCAUAUGAUGUUCAUAUUUCAGCUCCUUCAGAGCGGCUUGAUAUUCACGGCCCUCGUGGCCGGUGCCAUCUGUGUCGGUCAUCUAGUCUUAAUACGCCGGAAGUACUGCCGAAAUACCACGACGCUGUUCGCAGUGGUGCUCUCAGGAUUUUUGCAUCUGAUCGCGAGCGUGUGCAUGUUGACAAUUGCCGAAAAUUACAUGAUAAGACGCGUAAAACAGGGGCCCCCGAGCGUCGGCUCGUGCUUAGAUUACUCGAUGACGGCGGCGUUUGCAAACGGGGUGGUGCUCGUGUUUAUCGUGCAUAAUGUUUUUGUUCAGAUCUUUAAAUGGUCGAUGUCUACGUGUCUAGCAUACGCAGGCACACUUGGUUGCAUCAUCACAGGAAGUUUUUCCGUAAUCAAGAUUGUGUCGCAAAAUAGCCCACUUCCAGUUGCACAACAUUCGCUUGUGACGCUUGGGACGUAUGGAAGUCAGCACUUUGACGUAUUCUUGUCCGUCUGUCAGAAAAACGUUUACGAGGAAAGAUGGGCUAUUCUGGUGGAAUAUUUAGUGAUAUACGUACCCGUCAUUGUCACCGUGCUGGUUGCUCUUUGCAGGAACAGGACAAAACAAACGGAAGUCACCAUCACAGAGCUAAAGAUUCUCUCAAACAAGGAGUGCAACGUUUCAGUGUUUAACUGUAAUUGUGUUAAAUUGAACUCAGCCAUGGUUGCCGUUCUUUUAUACAUUACUAUUGUCUUACUCAUAGUACGUCCAGGAUACAUUCUGUAUGCGCACGCAACUUCGGGUUACUUCCGGGACAUAUUGCCAAGUUUGUUACAGACAGUAAUUUUCACUUUUAUUUGCUCAGAAUAUAUUGGAAAGGUCCUCAUUCGACCACAAUAUUGGAAUAAUGAGGUGAAAUCAAACGGCUAUCGUGAUUGUAAACAUAAGAGCAACCCUCUUAUGCAGGUUUGAUUUAAACCCCCAGUAAAUUUACAUUUUACUGACCGUUCCAAGGCGGUACCUAACAAUCCUUGAUAAACAUACCUAGUUUUUAUAUAUAUAGCAUGUAUGCACUGUGCUGUUGGUGGAGUAUUGCUCUGUUCUUCCAUGAUUCUUGUUUGUGAUUUUUUGUUUUUGUGUUCUAUGUUUUUAACGUUUACACAGUGCCAUUAAACCGAGUUAAUGUU